GAGGCUGUUUCAGCAGCUGCUUUGGGUUCGCUUUCUUGCUGCUUUGAAGAAUUACAAAUAUCAAGCUUUCCUUGAAGUUCUUCAAUGCGUUUAUUAGCUGUCGAAAGUCUGGAAAUUGAAACAACGUAAAGUGUAAUAAAUUUAAGUCUAUGUUUGUCUUCGAAAUCACUUAGGGCUAUUUGAGGCGCAAAACAAAAUGGAAGGACGAAAAUCAAAUCAAAUAACACUCAGCUCGCAUAUAACGGUUAUUUGGAAAAUAACACUCUAACAAAAAACUUCAGAAACACAAAAUUUAGCUACUGGUUUGGAGACCUUCUAAGAAAACUAUUGUAUUAUUAUUUUUAUUUCCGACUGGGUAUGAACAUGUUAAUGAGUACACACUUACGGGCUAAUAAACCCGCCCAUAUGUACCUGACUUGUUUUUGAAAAACCAAAACAUACAAAAUACUGCCAGUGCUGAGCAUUUGGUAUUAGUGUCUCAUUUACGGUUCUCAAAUGCACUCGUACUUUGGCAAUUAUUAUAGCAAAAUAUAAAUAAUUGAAAACCGUGGCUGCUUUCCUGAAUAAAAAUGCUUAGCCGAAAUAAGUUACGUGAAAUUUUGUCUAAGCAUGAUCAGGCUUUCCAGAGAAACAAAAUUUUACCGUCAAAAACUACAAAUGAAAAUAUUAAAAAUAAAAGUCUAGGAAAGCCGAAUGAAAAAUUAUUUCUGGAGAAUAUAGAGGAUAGUGACGUGAUGAAUCCGAUAGGAAUGACUGGACGGCUUACACCAAUUGAAUAUUUUACAUAUAAGGAAGAUGAUUUUCAUUAUAAAAAACCGACCGAGCGCAUCGAUUAUAGUAGAUUGGACAUCUUUCAUCGAGCUGUAGGUCCAAUACUGAUUAUAGGACAAUGUUUCUCGUUAAUGCCGGUUCAAGGAGUUGGCCAGCCGAAUCCGCGUCACGUACGCUUUUCAUUCAGGACCUUACGGGUGAUGAUCACUUUGAUAUUUUUAAUUGCAAGCUCUGCAUUAAAUUUGGCGAUGAUGAAGCAUUUGGCUAGAAUUGGUGUAAACGCGAAAAAUUUAGUCGGCGUUGUGUUUUUUACAUGCGUGCAAUCAUCGACGAUAUUGUUUUUUUCGCUGGCGCAACGUUGGCCCCGGCUUAUUCGCUUUUGGACUCGCACUGAAAUGAUCUUCAUACGCAAGCCAUAUGAAACGCCUAAACGUGAUUUGUCGACCCGUGUGCGUCGCGCUGCGGUCACAAUAAUAUUCCUCUCAGCAGUGGAACAUUUAUUGUAUCUGGCAUCAGCUGUAGUCUCACAAUAUCGCAGAACAAAUUUAUGUGCCACUCUACAAAACAGCACAGUUCACUUUACAUUCGAGGAGUACGCUUACAAAAAUUAUGACUAUGUCUACGAGAUAUUCCCCAACACCACACUAGUUGGGAGUCUUAUUUUGGUUGUGAAUUUCAUAUGUACUUUCGUUUGGAACUACAUGGAUCUCUUUAUAAUGAUGAUCGGCAAAGGCAUUGCUUAUCGCUUCGAGCAAAUGAAAAUGCGUAUAAAUAAUUUGUUGAAUAAGGAAGUACCUGAGUCUAUUUUCAUGGAAAUAAGAGACCAUUAUGUUAAGUUAUUGGAACUGCUCGAAUAUGUCGAUGAGGACUUAUCAGGAAUUAUUUUACUCUCCUGUGCUAAUAAUCUCUAUUUCGUUUGCUAUCAAUUGCUGAACAUCUUUAAUAAAUUGCGUUGGCCAAUUAAUUACGUUUACUUUUGGUUUUCGCUACUCUUCUUAAUCGGACGGACGGCUUUUGUUUUUCUAACAGCAGCAUCCAUCAAUGACGAGGCAAAAGACGCUUUAGGUGUGUUAAGGCGUGUGUCGUCGAAGACCUGGUGUGUCGAGGUGGAACGAUUAAUUUUUCAAAUGGCAACAUCGACGGUGGCUUUAUCGGGGAAGAAAUUUUACUUUCUAACUAGACGAUUACUCUUUGGGAUGGCAGGCACCAUUGUCACCUAUGAAUUGGUUUUGCUGCAAUUCGAUGAACCCAACCGUUCCAAAGGUCUGCCACAUCUAUGUGCUUAGAGCUCUUAAACGCUUGCCGAGCGAUAUGACAACAACGCACGCCCAUAACAAGGAAAAGCAAAAUAAAUAACAAACACAUACACACACACAACCAUAUCGCCCACCCUACAUACACCUGUGCUUACAUUGAGAUUUUCUGGUUGAAGUUUUAUUAUAUGCGCUUGUGGUUCCUAAUGAGAAAUGGCCAAUUCCUGCCAAAUGGCAUACGUAUGUAUGUAUGCAUGUAAAUAUGUGUCUGUGUCUUAUGCGUAUAGCCCAUGCGGACCAUUGUCCCUGUUACUAUAGAGGUUGCUGCUGAUGAAUUUGUUGUCAUGUUUAUCUGCGAUUGUCACACGAUUUAAUUAGCAACAUGGUAAGCAACGCCUCAGCAAUUGCAACCACAUUCACACAUGCGGACCGAGUAUUAAUGCAAGGGCAAAUGUACAAGUGUAUAAAUGCAUUUAGGUGUGUUAUCAUAUGUAUGUAUGAAAAUGUGUGCACAUAAGGUAUAUUCAACAGUUACACCCUCAACGUGGAGAGCUACAAGCCAAACAUACACACAUAUGCUCACAAGUGGGCUGGAUAACUUAAGGCGAAGGAGAAAAUAAUCAUACUAAACGGACUUUGCAUGCAAUGUCAGCUAAAGGACCACUUAAAAUGUUUACUCCAGUUUUGGCUUCUCAUUUAUGGCCAAAUGUAAAAAUUUUCGAACAAAAGUGCAUAUAAAUAAUAUAUUAUAUUUACAUACGCAUACAUAGACGAGUA